AUGCCUGGCGUAGAGUACUUUCAUAUGCUCAAUGGGGCGAAAAUUCCCGCAGUGGGGCUUGGCGCUUAUCUUAUUUCACCGGCUGCAAAAAUGGUAGAGCAAGCGUUGGACACAGGUUACCGUCUUAUAGAUACCGCUCAGGAAUACGGUAACGAGAGAGAAAUAGGAGAGGGUAUUUCGGCGUGGCUCGAAAAGGACCCGAAACACAAGAGAGAAGAUGUCAUCUACACCACCAAGAUUUUAGGUCUGAAUCAAGGCUAUAGUAGAACAUGGAGUAGUUUGAAAGAGUCGCUUAACAAGGUGAAACAGCUUGGGUACAUCGAUUUGGUUCUUAUUCAUGAUCCGCUCACCGGUAAGAAGACCAGACUUGAAACCUGGAAGGCACUUCAAGAGGCCGUUGACCAAGGAAUUGUCAAAGCUAUUGGAGUCUCAAAUUACGGCGAACACCAUUUAAAAGAACUUUACGAGUGGGAGGGCUUUAAGUACAAACCCGUCAUCAAUCAAGUGGAAUUGAGUCCAUGGCUAAUGAGAAAUGAACUUGUGAAAUACUGUCAAGAUUUGGGGAUCGUUCUCGAGGCGUACUGUCCUUUGACGACUGGAGCCAAGUUGAAUGAUCCUACCUUGAUAAAAAUUGGCAAGAAGUACGGCAAAACUCCUGCUCAAGUACUUUUGAGAUGGAACGUAGACAGAGGUGUGGUUGUCAUUCCCAAGUCGCUGAAUCACAAGCGUUUGAGCGAGAACUUUGAUAUCUUUGACUUCAAGCUAACCGACGAGGAAUUCAAGGAACUUUCUCAUCCAGAGGCCUAUGACCUCUAUUGCGGUUGGGAUCCUGUGAAAUCAUCGCGCUAG